GCCGCGCAUUCUGAUCCAUUUCGGCAUUCGGGUCUUCUUCUGGAGAGAGAGACACAGACAGAGCCGACGGUGAGUCCAAAAAAUGAGCCAGGAGGAGAAAGCCGCCGCCGCCGCAGGGGUCGUCGUCCACCACCAUCACGAAUCCAAUUCCGGCCACCCUCAGUACGGCACCUUCCAAGGCGUCGCCAAUUAUCCUCCGGUCGGAUUUCCCCAGCCUAUUCGCCCACCCGGCGCCUCUGACUCCUAUGAUCCUUCUCAAUCUCAGCCCUACGCUCAUGCCUAUCAAGCUGUCCCUGGAUAUGCUAUUGUCGAAGGAAGACCAGUGAGAGAGAGACGCCUUCCUUGCUGUGGUAUUGGCAUUGGGUGGUUCCUGUUCAUUAUUGGUUUCUUCAUUGUUGGCAUCCCGUGGUAUGCUGGGGCAAUUGUCAUACUAUGUGGCAGGGUAGACUACCGCGAGAAACCUGGAUAUGUUGCCUGCACAAUUGCUGCUAUUCUUGGCACACUUGCACUUAUUCUUGGCGUAACGAAGGGAGUUGAUGUCUGGUAAACAAAUCCUAAACUAAAAAGUGUUGUAUAGUUUGCAAAUAUGUAUGAACAACACAACCCAUGAUUUCUCAGCACCACAUCUUCAAGCUAGUUCCACAGAAACCUGAAUUUGUGAGAGCAUAAAAUUAUUAGUUAGCGGUUGUUUCCCAUGUUGUACCUAAGAACUGCAGCAUUCUGCAAAAUCAUGCUAUUUCUUUUUCUUUUUCCCAUGAUUGUGUCCAAAUAUGUGUUUUGAUUAUUCAUCUGAAACCCCUUUGUCAGAGUGUACUUGUCCUUUGGUAAAUAUAUUUAUUAUUGUUGUUUGGAAAAAACAUUUGAAUAUCAGAAUAGAACUGUUUCUUACUGAUCA